CAGCUCAAGACAGGCUGGAUUUUAAAGCUUCCGAGAGUUUGUUUUUCAGGACCCCUCACUGCCAGGCACUGAGUAAGACCUGAGGAAGCAGAUAUAAAGACCUGAAGUAUCCCUUCCAGUCUAAAGAUGGAAAACAGUACCACCACCAUUUCUCGGGAGGAGCUUGAAGAACUACAAGAAGCGUUUAAAAAAAUAGAUAUUGACAACAGUGGAUAUGUUAGUGACUAUGAACUUCAGGACCUAUUUAAGGAGGCAAGCCUUCCCCUUCCUGGGUACAAGGUGCGCGAGAUUGUGGAGAAACUUUUUGUAGUUGCUGACAACAACAAAGAUGGCAAAAUCAGUUUUGAGGAGUUCGUGUCGCUGAUGCAAGAGUUAAAAAGCAAAGAUAUCAGCAAAACAUUCCGAAAAAUAAUUAACAAAAGGGAAGGGAUCACUGCCAUCGGGGGGACGUCAUCCAUCUCCAGCGAGGGCACCCAGCAUUCGUACUCAGAGGAAGAAAAAGUGGCUUUUGUUAACUGGAUAAACAAGGCUCUGGAGGAUGAUGCAGACUGUAGCCACCUCCUACCCAUGAACCCCAACGAUGGCAGCCUUUUCAAGUCGCUUGCAGAUGGCAUCCUUCUUUGCAAAAUGAUCAACUUAUCUGAACCAGAUACAAUUGACGAGAGAGCCAUCAAUAAGAAGAAGCUCACUCCAUUCACGGUGUCGGAAAAUCUGAACCUAGCCCUGAACUCUGCCUCAGCCAUCGGUUGCACCGUGGUCAACAUUGGUGCUCAGGAUCUCAAGGAAGGAAAGCCCCACUUGGUUUUGGGGCUUCUCUGGCAGAUCAUCAAAGUGGGUCUUUUUGCUGAUAUCGAGAUUUCCAGGAAUGAAGCCUUGAUUGCUUUGCUAAAAGACGGUGAGGAGCUGGAGGAGCUGAUGAAGCUUUCUCCUGAGGAACUGCUGCUACGAUGGGUGAACUACCAUCUGACCAAUGCGGGGUGGCGCACCAUCAACAACUUCAGCCAGGACAUUAAGGAUUCAAAAGCCUAUUUCCACCUGCUUAAUCAGAUUGCUCCUAAAGGUGACAGAGAUGAUGGGCCUGCCAUAGCCAUUGACCUUUCAGGAUUUAAUGAGAAAAACGACCUGAAGCGUGCUGGAUUUAUGCUCCAGGAAGCGGAUAAGCUUGGCUGCAGACAGUUUGUCACUCCCGCAGAUGUGGUUUCAGGGAACCCUAAGCUAAACUUAGCCUUUGUAGCGAAUCUUUUUAACACAUACCCAUGCCUACACAAGCCUGACAAUAAUGACAUUGAUCUCAACUUACUGGAAGGAGAAAGCAAGGAAGAGAGGACAUUUCGGAACUGGAUGAACUCACUGGGAGUGAGCCCGUACAUCAAUCAUCUGUACAGUGACCUUGCAGACGCUUUGGUGAUCUUUCAGCUCUAUGAGAUGAUCCGAGUGCCAGUCAACUGGAGCCAGGUGAACAAGCCUCCGUAUCCUGCUCUGGGAGGGAACAUGAAGAAGAUUGAAAACUGUAACUAUGCAGUUGAGCUUGGGAAGAAUGAAGCCAAAUUCUCUUUGGUUGGCAUCGCUGGGCAGGACUUAAAUGAAGGGAACCCAACACUUACCCUGGCACUGGUGUGGCAGUUGAUGAGAAGAUACACGCUGAAAGUGUUAUCAGACCUUGGAGAAGGUGAAAAAGUCACUGAUGAUAUCAUUAUUAAAUGGGUCAACCAGACCCUUAAAAGUGCAAACAAGAGUACUUCUAUUUCCAGCUUCAAGGAUACAUCUAUUAGUACAAGUUUGCCUGUCUUAGAUCUAAUAGAUGCCAUUGCACCAAAUGCAGUCCGUCAAGAAAUGAUCAAGAGAGAGCACUUGACUGAUGAGGACAAACUGAACAAUGCUAAAUACGCCAUUUCAGUUGCUCGGAAGAUCGGCGCCCGGAUAUACGCACUGCCUGAUGACCUCGUUGAAGUGAAGCCGAAGAUGGUGAUGACUGUGUUUGCCUGCUUAAUGGGAAAAGGAUUGAACAGACUGAAAUAAUGAAGCAUUUACUGCGAUCAGCCACAUUAUACGCAUCGAACGUCUCAGUUUACAGAAUUUUGAAAUGUAGUGGGUAUAAAAAUCAGAAUAUAUGUAUGCUCAAAAUAGUUCUGUAUCCAUCAAUGAAUAAUAUCUUGUUCAUACCAGUUAGAAUUUGUCAAUCUUUUUUUUUUGGAUAACACAAUUACCUUAACAAUCAAUACCAAUGCCGGAAUGUCUUAUCAAGCUGCUAUUUCAUAAUUAAAUUACUUUAUUUUCUAAGAGUCCUACCAAAAUAAGACUAAUCAUUCUUUUUCAUGGUUCAAAAAAGACCUGUAUAAAGUUUUGUCAGGUCCUUCUAUUAAAUGUGUUUGGAUUUUUUUUUGAUGUGUUAUUUAAUUUUGAUAAAAAAAAAAUGUACCUAAAGUCAUAAUCUCACUUAAUCCUUUUGGUUUUUUCCCCUUAACUGUGUAAAGUGAUCUAAAAUUUUCUGUAAAUUUCUAUAUCAUAUAAAAAUUUAAAGGGAUAAGUAUAAUCCAUCAACAUUAAACUUUUUUAAUACGAGAACAAACUCUUGAAUAACCCCCAAGGUUCAUUCUCAUGUUUUAGCUGUAGGAGCUUUUUACUUACAGUUUGAUUGUAGCUCCAUUGUUAUUUCAAAUGUGCUAGUCUGAUAACAGCUUUAUCUCCACCAUUGAGCAUAAUACUAUAUGUUGGUAAGAUGUUACACAUAUGUAUUUCUCUAAGUCAUCUGAGUUACCCACCUUUUCUUAAAUGGUAUGUAUUAAGUGGUCAGCCAGCCGUUAAGUAUUUAUUUUGCCCCCACAAUGUGUGUGACACUUUUCAAUUGUGGAUAUCUGAUAUGUGGAGAUAUGUUUUACAAAUAUUAAUUAUGAAUGUGAAUUCGUUAUAUUUCACCUAAUUGCUUUCAAAUACUUUCAGCCAAACAUUGGAUAGAAUGUCAACUGACACCAAUCCUAUCCUGCUAGCGUCACAUUACACUUACUAGUCUCAGGCUAUAGGGAAACCUACAUCAUUGGAACAUGCCCACCAAAUGGCUUCUGUAGAAAGUUGUGUGUAUAUAAAAGCUAAUGUCCGUCGUAGCUUUUCAUGGUUUCCACAACCCUGUGUAAACUGGAAACAGUUAAGGGUUAUGUUCCUCUUUUUUCCCAGAAGUUUUAGCAGUAGAGAAAUUCUGUUGCUCAUAGUUGAAUCCAGAAAUGAGCUCCACGACCUUCUACUUUAGUGCCAGUGAGCAAUACUGCUAUGCAAGGACAGUGCUGUCACUUCUUUCCGUGUGAAUGGGUUGUCCACCUCUUCCUUGUCCACUGGUCAGAACGUACAACGGGAAUGAGAGUGUCUGUGUGUUUAGGGUAGACUUUUUUAAAUGAAGUACUGACAGGUGGGAUUCUGAAAUAUAUUCUUCUACAUGAAAUUUCUUUGCCUUUUAUAUUUUGGUGAUUGUUCUCUUACAUGAAGAUAUAAUGCUUCUGCUCUUUUCCUGAGAUUAUUUAAAUCAAGCCUCUCUGAUUUUUUUCCCGCUGUCAUAUUUACUAAAAGAAUCUGAUUUACAUGGAAUUUAGCACUUUAAGGUGUUCUUUUUCUCACAAAAUAUAUUUAAUAAAA